AUGAGCACAAAAACGCAUCCUCUCCUCGCCAAAUAUCUGGCACAGCUGGCUGCCCACCCGUUGAGAACCAAGGCAAUUACCACUGGUUCGCUAUGCUUCCUCCAGGAAGUCAUUGGCAGCAACAUCGCGAAGACCCCCAUCCAAAGGCCUGCCAAGGGUGCCUCUACACUCGCGUACCUGCUCGCUCAAUCCCAUAUCGACGCCAAAGCCCUCAAGAUGGCCAUUUACGGGUUCUUCGUAUCCGCGCCACUUGCGCACUACCUCGUAGGCCUCCUCCAGAAGGCAUUCGCGGGCAAGACGUCCACGAAGGCGAAGAUUGGGCAAAUUGUGGCGAAUAACCUGCUGAUUGCCCCUAUAACCACUUCGUCGUAUCUCGCGUCGAUGGCCAUUAUUGCUGGUGCGAGGUCAUUCGAAGAGGUUCUGGCCACUGUCAAGGCUGGAUUUUUCUCCGUCAUUCGCAUCUCCUGGGUGGUAUCUCCCAUUUCGUUGUUGAUUGCUCAGAAGUUCAUCCCGAUAGAGCUCUGGGUACCAUUCUUCAACAGCAUCCAAUUCAUCCUCGGGACCGUCUUCAACGUUAAAACCAAGCGAGUCCAGAUGGCCAAAGCGAAGGCGAAGCGCGAGGCAGAAGAGAAGGCCGCCAGAGAUGAAAAGGACGCGUAA